CUAGUUUUUAGUUUUUACUGUUGAUGAAUUUAAAUGUAAAAAGGGAAAAAAAAAAGGCGCAUGAAUAAAGGCCAGAUUCCUUUUGACAGUCUGUUCUCAUCUCGUGGUCUUUGCUUCUCUCACUCUCUGUCACUCUCUCUCUCUCCUGAAGAUUUUAUUUUUAGUAAAAAAACCAUUGGGGAGAUCAAUAGCUUCUUUUCACUUCCAAGCUCUCAUGGCUUCCAUUAUGGAAUCUGGCUGGCUGAAUCGACAUAGGUUUGGGUUUUGAAUCCAGGUCACUGCUUCACCGUGGUUUUUUCUUAGAUGAGUAUCUGAUCACACAUUUCAGUGACUUCCAACUAGCAAGUAUGGGAAGUUUCCUUCUUCAUGAAAGUGUUUUUUUCUUAUCUGGACUUCCAUUUAUAUAUCUGGAAAGAGCUGGAUUGCUGAGCAAAUACAAGAUUCAGACAAAAAACAACAGCCCUACUGCUCAGGAAAAAUGUAUCAUCCGUCUGAUUCUGUAUCAUUUUAGCGUCAACCUACCACUUAUGAUUGUCUCUUAUCCUGUCUUCAGAUUCAUGGGCAUGAAAAGUAGUCUACCAUUGCCAUCCUGGAAAGUGGUUCUAUCACAGAUAAUAUUCUACUUCAUCCUGGAGGAUUUUGUGUUUUACUGGGGACAUCGUAUCUUACAUACAAAAUGGCUGUACAAGCAUGUCCACAGUGUCCAUCAUGAAUAUGCUACACCAUUUGGACUGACAUCUGAGUAUGCUCACCCUGCCGAGAUUUUGUUCCUUGGCUUUGCCACAAUUGUUGGUCCUGCCAUCACUGGCCCACAUCUGAUUACUCUCUGGUUGUGGAUGGUUCUUAGAGUCCUAGAGACAGUUGAGGCACAUUGUGGUUACCAUUUUCCAUGGAGCCUCUCAAACUUUCUACCUUUAUAUGGGGGUGCCGAUUUUCAUGACUAUCAUCACCGUUUGCUUUAUACAAAAUCUGGCAACUACUCAUCCACAUUUGUUCACAUGGACUGGAUAUUUGGCACUGAUAAGGGCUACAGAAAAUUGAAAGCACUAAAGAACAAAGGAGACAGCAAGCAAACAUAACGGAGAAAAUUAGUUUCAAGGGCUUGACAUUAGAAGAGGGUUCCUGAUGGCAUGUUGUGUGCAAAUCCACCUUUUUAGUGGUUAAUUUCUGUUCAUGUUUACAGCAUGUGCUAAUGUGGAAUGAUUUGAUAGAUUUGUUCGGACAUUUUACAACCCAUAAUUUCCCUGCAUGAAUGAAGUUGCUGUCUGAUUCUUAACUCUUUUUGUUUUUCCUUUUAAGAUUAUCUAAUUUCAUUUCUAUCAAUUGUUAUGCUGGACUCUAGUCUCUUGUCAAUUAUGCAUAUACAAUGACGAUUUUUUUUUUUUUUGGUCUUCCUUUGUUGCUGGAAAAACCUGUAGAAAUUGAAGCUAGCUAAAUAAGGAGAGUUGAGGCUAGUUCUCUGCACCUUAUCGCCACCUAGCAAAUGAUAACAACCAAAACCAUCAAAAAAGAUUACAAUUUCUUCAGUAAAGAAAAGGAAAUAACUGAUCAUUACUUU